AAAAAAUAGCCAGCGAAGUUGCAACUAUGAAAUAUGUCGCUCAAAACACCAGAAUCAGAGUUCCAGAAGUGUAUGCUUGGGAUAGUAAAGCGCAGAAUGACAUAAAAAUUCCGUAUAUAUUGAUGGAACGCCUACCUGGAAAACAUUUAUACAAGAUUUGGGACAAAUUGAACAUUGAACAGAAAAGGAAUGUUUUAAGUCAGAUAGUUGAUGUGUUGUCCGAGUUAUGGAAAUGCAAAUUUAAAAAGAUCGGAUGUAUCUAUAAGAAAUCAUCCAAUCCACCAUUUAAAAUUGGUUCUAUCGUGAGUCCUCUAUUCUACACUGAAGAAAGAAAUGAAAUUCCCAACGCUUCUAGCUAUACUGGCCCUUUUGGCAGCACACGAGAGUGGCUUUAUACCUUGAUUCGUAAAGAAAAGCAAUUCUUUACAAUUCAUGGUGUACAAGAGCUUGUUGAGCAAGAUAAUUUAAAUGAGGCAGAUGCAAAAAAGCGAGUGGAUGAUCUAAAAAAAAGUUUGGACUUGCUUCGAUCCGAACUAUCAAAAGACAACCCUUUUGAUGACUCGAUUGAUAGACCACCAUUUGCUCUCAUUCACGGUGAUUUUGAUGCGCAAAAUAUAUUAGUUGAUGAUGAUAUCAAUAUUGUAGGAAUUAUUGAUUGGGAGUUUUCACAUACAGGAACUCUAUGGGAUAUAUGCAAGUAUCCAAUUUGGAUUCAAGAAGUGGAAGAGCUUGAAGCCCGUGGUGAUGCAGAGGUGGAGGAGAACCGGGAAAAGAAAGAAUUAAGAAAUUUCUUCCGUCAAGAUAUGAUUGCAAAAUUGGGGGAAAUAAGCGGGCAAAUAUUGGACAAAAGAGAGCGAGACAGGAAAAUUGAAGAAUUGGAAGCCAUGUUUACGCUCAUGGUUCACAGAUUUGAUAUUUUAGAGAAAUUGUUAAAGUGCUUUUUUGACGAUCAUUAUAAAGAGAAACAUUUUGACGAUCAUUACAAAGAGAAACAGGGUUGUAUUCUUUGUAAAAGUCUUUGA